UGUCUGUAAAUAAAUAUAUAUACAAAAGAUUGUGUUUCCUACAACUCAGAAUUUUGAUUUGAACUCAGGGUCCAGCAAGGAAAAUAUAACUCGUUUAAAGUCUUUAAAACCAGAGGAAAUUUAAUGUAAAGAAUUCCACUGAUGAUGAAAGAGUAGAGAAACCCAGGAGAUAGUGAGGCAACCCAGAUAUGAACAAAACUAGAAGCCAGGGCCACAAAACUAGAAGCCAAGGCUGCAGGGGUGAUGGGAAAGUUGGUGUUACCUGGAUCCAGAAGCCAAAGUUGCUGGACCCACCUUGGAGACACAGACACUGCCAGCAAUCUCUCAGGGAGGAGAAAGAAAUCUAAGGAAAUAUCCUGGCCGCUUUUCUUCUCUCUCACCUCUACUCUUCCUACCAGUGCUUCCUAUUGGCCAAAUCUACCUAGAAGCCAGAAAACAAGGGAACCCUGGAAAUGUAGCCCCAUAAGAUAAAGAGCACCAAAGGAAAUUGAGCUGAGCAGACAGGCAGCUGACUGGCAGCACAAAAUCUCCACGUCAAAUCCGGUUUGAAGCACAGACCCUAGCACCACGCAGGAGGUGUUCCUCUCCCAGUGGCCAUGGGUGGCAACAGUGGGCAGGCCGGCCACCACAUCUAUAAAUCCCUAGCUGAUGAUGGCCCCUUUGACCCUGUGGAGCCUCCUAAAAGACCCACCGGCAGACUCAUCAUGCACAGCAUGGCCAUGUUUGGACGGGAGUUCUGCUAUGCGGUGGAGGCAGCGUAUGUGACCCCAGUCCUGCUCAGCGUGGGUCUGCCCAAUAGUCUGUACAGCAUGGUGUGGUUCCUCAGCCCCGUCCUGGGAUUCCUGCUGCAACCUGUGGUCGGAUCAGCUAGUGACCACUGCCAGUCCAGGUGGGGCCGCCGGAGACCCUACAUCCUAACCCUGGGAGUCAUGAUGCUGGUAGGCAUGGCUCUGUACCUCAAUGGGGAUGCCGUGGUAGCAGCUUUGAUUGCUAACCCAAGGAGGAAGCUGGUUUGGGCCAUAAGUGUCACCAUGAUAGGUGUGGUUCUCUUUGAUUUUGCUGCUGACUUCAUUGAUGGGCCCAUCAAAGCCUACUUAUUUGAUGUCUGCUCCCAUCAGGACAAGGAGAAGGGCCUCCGCUACCAUGCCCUCUUCACAGGUUUUGGAGGUGCCAUGGGUUACCUUUUGGGUGCUAUAGACUGGGCCCAUCUGGAACUGGGAAGACUGCUGGGUACAGAAUUCCAGGUCAUGUUCUUCUUCUCUGCGUUGAUGCUCACUUUGUGUUUUAUUGUUCAUCUGUGCAGUAUCUCUGAAGUCCCACUUAUAGAUGUUGCAAAGGACAUUCCCCCACAGCCAACCCCUGAGGACCUUCUAUUGUCAUCAGAUGGAAUGUACGAAUAUGGUUCUAUCGAGAAAGUUAAAAAUGGUUAUGUAAAUCCAGAGCUGGCAAUGCAGGGAGCAAAAAACAAAAAUUGUGCUGAACAGACUCACAGGUCAAUGACAUUAAAGUCACUGCUGAGAGCACUGAUGAGCAUGCCUCCCCACUACCGCUACCUUUCCAUCAGCCACCUCAUUGGAUGGACUGCCUUCCUGUCCAACAUGCUCUUCUUCACAGAUUUCAUGGGCCAGAUUGUGUACCAUGGGGAUCCCUAUAGUGCACACAACUCCACGGAGUUUCUUAUCUACCAAAGAGGAGUCGAGGUCGGAUGUUGGGGAUUGUGCAUCAACUCUAUAUUUUCCUCACUUUAUUCUUACUUUCAGAAAGUUUUGGUAUCCUACAUUGGAUUAAAGGGGCUUUACUUCACAGGAUAUUUGCUGUUUGGCCUGGGGACAGGAUUUAUUGGGCUCUUCCCAAAUGUCUACUCCACCCUGGUCCUGUGCUGCCUAUUUGGUGUAAUGUCCAGCACCCUGUACACCGUGCCCUUUAACCUCAUUACUGAGUACCACCGAGAGGAAGAAAAGGAGAGGCAGCAAGUCCCAGGAGGGGACCCAGACAACAGCGUGAGAGGGAAGGGCGUGGACUGCGCCACCCUCACCUGCAUGGUGCAGCUGGCUCAGAUCCUGGUUGGAGGUGGCCUGGGCUUUCUGGUCAACGCAGCUGGGAGUGUCGUCAUCGUGGUGAUCACAGCGUCUGCGGUGGCACUGAUAGGCUGUUGCUUUGUGGCUCUCUUUGUUAGAUACGUGGAUUAGGUCAAUAAAGAGACAAUGACCCUAAUCUCGGACACAGUGAAGCACAUGGCAG